ACUGUUCACAGACUGUUCAUUCCAUAAACAGUUAAUAACUCCUGGUCCUUUUUUGAUAUUAACUCAUCAAUACUCGUCUGUUACAGUUACAGUUGCAACUUUGGGAACUCAAAAAUGCUA